AUGCAGAAUAAAGAGAAAAUGUUGGCAGUUUAUUUUGACCAGCCAGGAGGCCCAGAGAAUCUGUAUGUGAAAGAGGUACCGAAACCACAUCCAGGAAGAGGAGAAGUCCUUAUAAAAGUGUCUGCCGGUGCUCUGAACAGGAUGGACUUAUUGCAAAGGAGCGGAAAGUAUCCUUCCCCAAAAGGAGCAAAUGACAUUCUAGGCUUAGAAGCAGCUGGACUUGUGGCUGGGUUUGGACCUGGUUGCAAGGGUCAGUGGAAAACUGGAGAUACAGUGAUGGCUCUGCUGUCUGGGGGUGGCCAGGCAGAAUACGUCACUGUGCCAGAAGGUCAUCUGAUGUCGAUCCCUAAUGGUAUACCUUUUGUUCAGGCUGCAGCCAUUCCUGAAGACUGGCUAACAGCCUUUCAGUUGCUGCAUUUUGUAGGUAACGUACAAAGUGGACAGACGGUGCUGAUCCAUGCAGGAGCUAGUGGAGUUGGCACAACAGCCAUUCAACUGACUAGACUGGCAAAAGCUAUUCCCAUUGUAACAGCUGGAACACAAGAGAAACUCAAGCUGGCAGCAAAACUUGGAGCAGCUGCUGGGUUCAACUAUAAGGAGGAGGAUUUUACAGAAAGGGUCCUGGAGUUCACAAAUGGCUCUGGAGUGGAUGUUAUUUUAGACUGCAUUGGUGUCUACUGGGAGAAGAACCUCAAUUGUCUGAGUCUAUGGCCAGUGAUUGUGUAUGGACUGUUGGGUGGAGGUGAAGUAUCAUGGAGAUCUGCCUGCAAGCUGCAUUCCAAAAGAGGGAGCCUGCCUUACUAGUCUGUUAAGACACGAGAAAAGGAGCAGUGAUGACUAUAUAAAGAAAAGCUGGUGAAAGCCUUCACAGAGAGAGUGUUGCCAUAUUUCUCCCAAGACGGAUCUCCUCCUGUCCAACCAAUCAUUGACAGUGUUUAUCCUUUGCACAGGAUUGUAGAGGCUCACAGGACCAUGGAAGAAAACAACAACCUUGGCAAAAUUAUAAUUGAAAUGCCUCCUUCAUCUUAA